AUGUCGUCCGAAGAAUCCAGCAAGCAUACCAAUGCCGAUGCUGACGGCCGGAAUGGGAAGGCGUCUUAUACAAUUCCAAAGUUGAUUCCUGGCUCUCGAAGAAAGUCUUCUCAGCAGUCUGGCCCAUCAGACCCUGCUCCUCCGACGCCUACAUUGCCACCUCCUCCGUCGAUCGAAUCUGUGCAUUUCACCACGCCAGUCAAGCGAAUCCUGUCACCGGGCGACCAUGAGAAGUUCCUAGCCUCGCCAACCUACGUGCUGAUACGAGCAUGGAUCUUUACACUGGCUGACUGCGUUUGCGGCCGUCGAAUUUCCUCGCUGGACACUGAGCAUUUGUCUACCACUAUUAAGAAACUUGAUGCCGUCCUCGACAUCUUGGAGGGACUGUUAAAACAAUAUCCUCCUCUCGACACGGGAUCGAGAUUUGGCAAUCCGGUCUUCCGCAGCUUCCACAAAGCCAUUGUAAGAGAUGUGGAUAGAAUACACAAGGAGGUACUGGGACUGCACGAUGAGAAUGCCGUUAAAGAGAUCUCUGUCUAUUUGAUAAAUUCAUUUGGGUCUGAGGAGCGACUUGAUUAUGGAUCUGGCCACGAGCUGAAUUUCAUGAUGUGGUUGCUGUGUCUCUAUCAACUGAAACAGAUCCAACGAGAAGACUUUCCCGCGAUCGUCAUGCACACCUUCGUCCGAUACCUCAACCUCAUGCGGAAGAUCCAGAGCACAUAUUACUUGGAACCUGCAGGGAGCCAUGGAGUUUGGGGCCUCGAUGACUACCAGUUCUUGCCCUUUUUGUUUGGGGCGAGCCAGCUCAUCGGGCACCCCUAUAUCACGCCCAGGUCGAUCCAUAACAAUGUUGUUCUGGACGAGGAGGGCAACGAUUACAUGUACCUCAACCAAGUCCGAUGGGUGGAUAGUGUCAAGACUGUCAAGGGACUGCGUUGGCACAGCCCCAUGCUAGACGAUAUCUCGGGCGCAAAGAGCUGGCAAAAGGUGGAAGACGGCAUGAGGAAGAUGUUUGUCAAGGAAGUCCUGGGCAAGUUGCCCAUCAUGCAGCACUUUCUGUUUGGAGGCCUGAUACCGGGCACUGAGGACAUGGGCCAACUAGACGAAGAGACACUACGGGCCCAGGCCGAGCGAAUGCAGCAUGUCAAGGAAUACGGACACGAGCCUGAUUACUGGGGCGAUUGCUGUGGUAUCAAGGUGCCCAGUACUGUCGCAGCGGGAGAAGAAAUGAGGAAGCGGAUGGGCACAUCGGGAGCGCUCCGCCCAAUACCAUUGACUGAGAGGCACGCAAUGGACGGUAGCUCGUCUGCUUAUCGUAUCGGCUCCUGCUUUGUUCCCAAGCUGGGCGUCUGA